AAGACGGAAAAAAUCAAACUCAAUACUUUCAAUUUAAUACGUUUCUGUCAAACUAUACAAAGCCCUAGUUCCUGAAACCCUAAUGACUUUUCAAAUCUACCAUCAACACAAUAAUCUACUAGUUUCUUCUUCUUCUUCUUCUUCUUCUUCUUCCCUCGACCUGUUAAGCAUUCUCAGAAAGUCAAUAUCAUCGUUCCAUUUACCCUCUUGGCCGUUUGGGUGAAGACGCGGUUUAACUGAUUUCCUCCCAUUUUGUUGGAAAUUGGAUUGGUUUAUGACUGCAAUCCCAGCUCAUUGUUUUCUCCUUCGGAAGUUAAAAUUCCUUUCUUUUUUGUUGUUGUUUAGUCGAAUUCCAUAUUAGCAAAUUCGUCCUAUUCAGAUUUUUCUGCGAAUUUUGAACUUGGGUUUCGAAUUUCAAUGGCUACCGAGGCGACCGAAGCCACGACUAAGUUCCAGAGUCCGGAUUUUCGCCCGGUACCGUCGCCUCCAGAUUUCCAUCCCGAGAUUGUGGUCUCAGCUCAUGAUGGUCUUCGGUUCUGGCAGUUCAUGAUUGCGGGUUCAAUCGCAGGGUCUGUUGAGCAUAUGGGUAUGUUUCCUGUUGAUACCGUCAAGACCCAUAUGCAAGCACUUGGUUCUUGUCCAAUUAAAUCUGUUGGAGUUCGACAAGCCCUUCGGUCAAUUUUGAAAUCAGAGGGACCUGCUGGGUUUUAUCGUGGUAUUGGUGCUAUGGGUCUUGGAGCUGGACCUGCACAUGCUGUGUAUUUUACCGUCUACGAGAAUUCUAAGAAGUUUUUCUCUGGUGGGGAUCCUAACAAUUCUAUUGCUCAUGCUGUUUCUGGCGUCUGUGCAACGGUGGCGAGUGACGCUGUGUUUACACCUAUGGAUAUGGUUAAACAGAGGCUGCAGUUGAGUAAUAAUCCCUACAAGGGAGUUUUGGAUUGUAUCAAAAGGGUCCUCAGAGAUGAGGGUUUUAAAGCAUUUUAUGCAUCAUAUAGAACUACAGUGUUAAUGAAUGCACCAUUUACUGCUGUCCAUUUUUCUACUUAUGAAGCUGCAAAGAGAGUUUUGAUGGAGGUUUCACCAGAGAGUGUAAAUGAUGAACAGUGGAUUGUGCAUGCGACCGCAGGAGCUGCUGCUGGAGCCUCAGCUGCGCUUGUUACAACGCCGCUUGAUGUGGUUAAGACUCAAUUACAAUGUCAGGGUGUUUGUGGAUGCGAUAGAUUCAAAAGCGGGUCGAUUGGGGACGUAAUUCGAACAAUACUCCAGAAGGAUGGAUAUAGAGGGCUUAUGAGGGGAUGGGUUCCAAGGAUGCUCUUUCACGCUCCAGCUGCAGCUAUUUGCUGGUCAACAUACGAAGCAUUAAAAUCGUUCUUCCAAGAUCUCAAUGGCGGCGGUAGCAGCAGCAGCAACAAUGUGACCUGAAAAUAGGAAGCUGGGAGGAGGAGGAGAGGGGAUAUUCUUUCUUUUUCACGUUGUCCCUUUUUUCUGCAGUUGUAACAAAGACGCUUUCUUUUUGGAGCUGCAGAGAAUUUUGCAGGAGGGAUUGUCUCAAAAAAGGCGAAUGCUACCACUUCAAGUCAAAGGGGAGUACACACAUUAAAGUUAAAUUAUAAUUUGUAUUCUACACGUUGGUGAUGGUUUCUAAUAAUGGCAUAUAUAAAUUUUUUUAUCUGUUUUCUCUUUUCUUUGUUUUGAAGGUUCUGUUGGCAUUA